AUGCCAUUCCAAAGAGACACUAAAACUUCAGCUUAUCACUCAAGAUUCCAAACUCCUUUCCGUAGAAGACAAGAAGGUAAAACCGACUACUACCAAAGAAAGAGAUUAGUUACUCAACACAAAGCUAAAUACAACACUCCAAAAUAUAGAUUAGUUGUUAGAUUCACCAACAAAGAUAUCAUUGCCCAAAUUGUUUCAUCAACUAUUACCGGUGAUAUUGUCUUUACCUCAGCUUACGCUCAUGAAUUACCAAAAUACGGUAUUAACCACGGUUUAACUAACUGGUCAGCUGCUUACGCUACCGGUUUAUUAGUUGCCAGAAGAGCUUUACAAAAAUUAGGUUUAGAUGAAACUUACACUGGUGUUGAAGAAGUUGAAGGUGAAUUCCAAUUAACUGAAGCUGUUGAAGAAGGUCCAAGACCAUUCAAAGUUUUCUUAGAUAUCGGUUUACAAAGAACUACUACUGGUGCUAGAGUUUUCGGUGUCUUAAAAGGUGCUUCUGAUGGUGGUUUAUACGUUCCUCACUCACCAAACAGAUUCCCAGGUUGGGAUAUGGAAGGUGAAGAAUUAGAUGCUGAAUUAUUAAGAAAAUACAUCUUCGGUGGUCACGUUGCUGAAUACAUGGAAGAAUUAUUAGAUGAUGAUGAAGAAAAAUACAAAACUUUAUUCAAAUCAUACUUAGAUGAAGAUUUAGAAGCUGAUGAUAUCGAAGAAAUCUACGAACAAGCUCACGAAAAAAUCAGAGAAGACCCAUCUUUCAAACCAACUGAAAAGAAAUUCACCAAAGAACAAUAUGCUGCUGAAUCUAAGAAAUACAGACAAGUUAAAUUAACUAAAGCUGAAAGAGAUGCUAAAAUUGCUGAAAAAAUUGCUGCUUUCAAAGCUGCUAACUAG